CAUCUCUAGUCCAUAUAGUCCAUACCCCCAAACCGGUCCUAAUUAAACCACCCAACCAUCCUACUUUUUCGCUCCUUACCACGCAUGGGAGCGAAAGGCAAGCUGGACGGAGCUUACUACGGCGUUGGCCCGCCGCCCCAAUCCCACCUCAAUGGAUCCCACUAUAGCCCCUACGCUCCCCCCAUGCAGCCACCGCAUCCCCCAUAUAUGGGAGCCGGUUCCAUGUCGAACGGAGCAUACCACGGCACCUACCCUCAGCAGCCACCGCCACCGCCACGACGGCAACACAGGAGCACCGACGACGGGUGCUGCUGCUGCUGCUGCGGCAUCUGUAGCUGCCUCUUCAAGUGCCUCUGCGGCUGCCUCUUCAAGAGCCUCUGCACAUGCAUAUGUCAAAUUAUCUGCACCCUUGUCGUUCUCGCUGGAAUUAUACUCCUAAUCGUGUGGCUAAUACUACGCCCCAACAACAUCGAAUCCUACACCAACGACGCCUCCCUCACCGAAUUCAACCUCGACGGCAACACGCUUCGCUUCAACUUGGCUCUUAAUAUCUCUGUCCACAACCCCAACUCCCGCGUCCAGAUUGAAUACCAAAGCAUCGAGGCCGAAGCACUUUACUGGGGCCAGAGAUUCGCCACCAAGGAACUCGAGACGUUUUCUCAGCCGGUGAAUAGCACGAGUUCGAUCAAAACCGAGUUCAAGGGGCAGAACAUCGUCAUGCUCGACGAUGAAGGGUUGUCUGAAUACAACGAAGAGAAGAGUUCGGGCAUGUUCAGCAUUGAUGUGAGACUUCAUCUGCAUAUUCAACCGAAAUUCUUGUUCAUCAAAGGGGGUUCGAUGAGGCCCUCGAUCCAUUGCAACACCAAAAUUCCAUUGAGCACGAGUGGGAAAACGUACCAAAGCCAGAAUUGCGAUGUCGUGUGGCUCAAGGCAUUGUGGUGGUGAUUUUCGCAUUUUACCACGACUUUUGAAUGUCCCAAUGGAGGGUCUCUCUCUUUCUCUUCUUCUUCUAGUAAUUACUUCUUUAUUUUUUAUUCUUUUGUAGGAAUCAGCUGGUACAUGUUACUAUGGGAUACGGGUUCUGUUUUAGGGGUUGAUUCUUUGAUUUUUGAUGUGAAACUAGGAUCAUAUGGCUAUAUGGUAAAAGCCGAUCAUUGUGUGCAGGACU